CUUUUGAAGAUAUCGUUAUACUAUUCGAACUAAAACAAGAUUAACAAAAUGAAAAUUUUCAUGUCUCUCUUCGGCUUCACGCUUUUGUGUUUGUCAUUGGCUCAACAAUAUACGGAUAGAUACGAUAACAUUGAUAUAAAAGAAAUUACCACAAACAGAAGAUUGUUGUCGUCGUACAUAAAAUGCGUUUUGGAUCAGGGGCGCUGCACUCCCGAAGGAAAGGAAGUCAAAUUACACAUAAAAGACGCGAUGCAGACUGCAUGUGAAAAAUGUACGGAAACACAAAAACACAAAGCACGCAUUGUAGUUAACCAUAUUCGUGAACACGAGAAGACAUUCUGGGAAGAACUGAAGAAAAAAUACGAUCCCGAUAAUAAAUACAAGGAAACAUACGAAGCUUUCCUCAAUUCGGACGAUUAAGCAUCAAAUUAUUUACAUACGAGUU